UGCUCAGUUCCUGCUAGGUCUCGUGGCCUCUCCUAUUCCCUGAACUGACUGCGCCUCACCACCCUCCUCCAGCCCUCCCCUCUGUGUCAGUCACACACUUUCCUGGAACAGCAGGAAUAGUGAAUGUGCAGUGAUGGGAAUGUACAGCACCGCAGCCUGUUCCACAAAUCUGGAGCUUGUGGCAAAGUAGGAUCUUCACCGUGUGGGACGGAGCCUCCAGGGGAGCCUGGCGGAAAGCUGGGAAGUGGAAGCCGGCGAUAUAAAUUAUUGGGUCCUGGAGCUGACCGGUCUUCUUGGGGAUCUGUGAUUGACACCGCACAGUCAGGUUCUUGUGGGCUCAAGGACGUCUAAGCUGGAAGGUUAGGAGUCCAUGUGGAAACCUAAGGAUGUGACCCUUUAAAUCUGGAACCAUGAAGAGUCUUCCAAACAUGUGUCUCUGUCUCCUGCUUCUGGGAAGCAUCUGGGGGAAUACGCAUCAGUUCACAGACGCAGAAGAGCAGCCGCAAUGCGAGGAGAAGCAGUACAUGGAAGAAGAAAUGGAUAAGUGCUGUGCUCGCUGCCCCCCAGGUUACUACAUAAAGGAGAAAUGUUCAGCUUCCUCAGUCACACUGUGCAAGCCCUGUAGUGACGGAACGUAUGCAGCUAACUGGAACCAUGCUACAAGAUGCAGACACUGCUAUCCUUGCCCCUCAGGGUUGGUGAUGAAGCAAAAAUGUUCUGCAGCUCACGCAACGGUCUGCGGCUGCCCGGAUGGGUACAACUGUACAAGUCGCAAUGGAGUUGGCGAUUGCAUAGAGUGCGAGCCUAUUGCCGCAGCGCCAACUGAAAGUCUGCCGACACAGAUUCCUGACAGCUUUCCCAGCAACGAUUAUUCCCUCUACAUAAUCCCGGCUCUGGUUCUUGUGGUUGUGAUUAUUUUGGCCGUGGGGUGUUACUAUAGAGUGUCCAUAAUGAGGAAGAUCGGUCGUACAUUAAAAUUCAAGAAACACAUGGAAUCAACACCGGAAUGUGAGACUGCAGGGCCUGACACCAUCGCCUAUGUUAAGGGAGCUGCCCAUGGAUGCCAGUUGGACCCUCUUUUAGUCCAGAAGAGCCAUGACUGUACAAUUUCCCUGCCCAUGCAAGAGGAGGGAAAAGACCUAAGUUACCCCAUCCAAGAGACUGACUCCUCCCACACCGGGGAAUGCACCCUGAAUUCUACAUAACGUGUGCUGGGUCUGAUCACAGUCUCUGAGCACCUCGCUCUCACGCAGCACAUCCCGUCUGUCCACAUGAGCAGACACUUUAACAGGGCAAGUGAAUGGCCGGAUGUUGGGCAGAUCUCAGGUUUGGGGGGAGGGGUAUAAAAAAAACCAAUGCUGUGGAGUAUUCUGGUAAGGUAGGGGGCAAAUACACUGAUGUGGGCUGAGUUAGUCAGCUAUGUUUGCUUUCAUCAGUGGAUAAACUCUUUGUUAUAGAGUCAGGCUACAGUAGGGGGGUCCAUAAAUCUAGGUUCUUGCGUGCUUCGUGCCACGGACAGUAAUUGUAUACAUAGGUGUCCUGUGUAAGAGGGAACGUUGAACCCAGUGGAAAAUCUGAAGUAAAACCAAAAGGUCAUAAUACAGCGAUGGACAUAAAACCAAAGAUGGACGCUCCUCUUAUACAUAGCACACAGGCAAAGAGCAUAAUGCUGCGCAGUCAUUGCGGCAUACUGCCAGCAUCUAGUGCAGAGUACGUGAGAGCAGGACGUGUGUAUCGCUGUCUCUGUACAGCAGGAGGUAACGUCCGUGGAACUGUUAGAAAAAUGGGCAUUCAGUCAAUGGUAUUUCCUCUCAUGUUCAAUAUCAUAAACAUCUUCAGACGCGUCACCAGCAUGUGCACCAAGGCUUCAUCAUCAGGGUGUAGCGGGUGCAGAGGAUAAGCCUCUAAUAGCCAUACAUGUGUGCUUCUUCAGGUCAGCCUGAGCAGUCGUUACCUGUACAUGACAUCUCCCUUGCUGUACUAAGCCUACUUCAUACCGCCCCCUCUAUCCCCUCCUCCGCCUCUCCAGUUAUAUGGAGGCGCAAGUGGCUGAUACGUGCAAGUCUGCAUUCGUACAUAGGCGUCCGUUCUCUUUGUGAGCAGGCGCAAAAUGAGUUUGCCAGAGCGUGCGGGUACAGGGACCGCAACUCUGACUGGAGCCCCAAAACACCAGCCUCUGCUUUCUGCCACUAGAUGGCGAUUUAUGAAGAGUGCAAUUUACAUAUAUCUGCACUACGUUAACGGGUAAGCUCACACAUAUCCUCAGGCCCGCAGGGUGACUGUCAUCCAAUUACAAGGUCAGGCACAGUAAGUGUGUGCAAAUAGCAAUCCUGUAUUAUUUUGAGCCAAAUGUCCCAGCCCUUGCACUCAGGACCGACAGAGCUGUGCACUGAUAAUAAUGAUUGUAUUAAGUGUCUUUUACAAUCACAACCCCUCCUUAUCAUACUGUGUUUUUCCUUGACGGUAUCUCUAUAAAGAGACACUUGUGCUUUGUAUUAUUGUUGAUAAAAUAGUCACAUUAUACAAUUAUUUGAUGAGAGUCCGUCUGUGCACACGUGACUAAAUAUACUUGCUGCGCAAGCAAAUAUUCAUGUGUUUAUUACAAAGACUACUAAGCCUCAUAUAAAAAAAAUUCAAAUCUAAUGAUACACAAGUAUAUACGCAAAAGUCACCAUACCCUACAUUAUAUCUACUUGUAUUGUGCAAUGGACAGAAAGCUGUUGUUAUCAGUUAUCGGCCACUUUAUGCUAAGGGUCAGGUUCACAGGUGGUUUUGUGUACAUUCCCUGGAUAGGCCAAAAAUGGAACAAUAUGUGUUUGGGGAAUGCUCGCCAACUUUGGGAGAAUCCAUACCAUCUGCAUAAUGAAAGCCCAGGGCCGCCCACUUUGCUUGGGAAUUCAUCAAUAUGCGGAAGGGUGGGCUAGUGUCUUGGGGUCCAUAGAGCCACCUGAAAUGCAUAAGUCUCCUGGACAUUCUAGGAGACUAGAUUAGUAUGGUUCAGGGUCACACCAGGAGUGCAGAGCAUAUAGUAAAGGUUUGUCCAUAGGGGUCAAUAAAUCAGUUUCCGCUGCGUUCCUCUACCAGUGAGUGCCAUGUGAGGCCAAGCACCAUUGGCAGAUAGUAAAUCCCCUGUAAUACAGACAGUCCACCUUCUCCAUAACUUGCUGGCUUUUUUUAAGCUCCCUUAUUUAAGACUCCAGACGGUGAGAACCUACAAGAGGUGGGGGGGUCAGGGUGUUUUUGGCAUCGUGGCCCCACAAUAUUUCAAAGUGGGGGCGAGGAUAAGUGCUAUCGUGGCCCCACCCCUUGCUGUUAAGAUGUGAGUUGCUAAAUUUGACAUCAAUGGCGGGGCUAGGAUUACACUGUUCUUUGUGAAUUGCAUCAUCCAACCUCCUGGUCACCCACUUCAAGUGGACAGAAUCGGGAAACCAGCCAGGAGGCUGGGGAGCCGCCCCCACCACACACACACACACACACACACACACACACACACACACACACACACACACACACACCUUGUUAGCGCCAUUACUUUUGUACAAGCUUUUACACAUUGAUGUCUGCUAUCAUAUAAGGAAUCACCUGGUUCAGUAAUGAUUUUGUCUUUUUCAUUUUAUUUGUCAUAAAGCUGAUAUUUGUCCAAGAAA